AUGGACGCAAUCGAGCAAACUUUCCCAGAGAUUCUUGCCAGGGACCUGGCAAGAUCGCAGGAUGUGUUCCGCACCAGGAGCUUGACCGCAGGGUCGCCGGCGGCGUCACUGGCCCUGGAAUGCCAGCCACCUCAGGUCCCGCGCCGCAAUCCCGGUCGUGUUGUUACAGGCCAACGGCAGGAUCACAUCUUCGCCAUCAAGGAGAUACACAUGAAGAAGGACGGCAACAAGGAGAGCAGGAGGCUGUUCCUCAACGGCCUCGACGACGACUGGGUCAGUGAUUCGUCUGCAGACAUCGAGCCUGGGACGUCGUCGCCAUCAGUCCGGACCCGGAAGCAGUCUGUGACCACGGCGGCCACAUCGGUCGAGAUCCAUUCGGUGCUCGGAGGAGUAGGAGAAAUAUGUCUCUCUCCGGCCAGCAGCCUGAGCAAGGAAGCUGCACGAGCUCCUGGAAAGGGCGGCAGGAGCUGGGUGGACCUGGAUCCUGACAUGUUGAGGACCGAGGCAGACCUGGACGGAGGCGUGGCAUCGGUCGGAGCUGCUGAGUACUCGGACGGAUCCCAAGACCAGUCGGCAACACGGUCGAGCGCGUUGGGACAUGCAGAACAUUUUGCUCAUGUCGAUGUUCCCAAGAGGCGAUCCUCUCUCAGCCACCAAGUCACCACUGUUGUUAUCGGAGAGGCCACGCAAGUUCGCGUAGGCUGUGCCCCGCACAAGGUCGAGCUGGAGGCUGCUUCGAAGCCGCCAACACCCUCUUUACCAUACCAGUCGACUGCCCCUCUGCCCCAGUCAUACCAUACCCCAGACGACUGGGAGACCAACGAGGCUGCCUCGUGCGAGAACGUUCAUGCCAGGUGCCGCCAACCCAUCUACGAGCCACAGUACGCCCUCACGGCUACAAUGCCCAUCGUCACUCAAGUUCAGUCCUGGCUGGACUCGAGCGCCACCAACGCUCACCUCACCUCGACGACACACCUCACCACCCACUCGCCUACGAGCAAGGCUCCAAUCGGCAGUGUCCGCGUCGCAGCUGAAGUCCUGGAGAACCUGCGCAUCAGCGUCGGCAACUUCCCCGACACAAUGCUUCGCACCUCGUCUCUCACCGUGCAGACGAUCCGUAGCUAUUCGCGUAAGCUCAGGCGCGGCGGCACCAGCAGUGGCGACCGUGGCUUCGGCCGUGACAGCGACGACUAUGCGUUCACAGCUUUUGACGCAUACACCACGGAAUCCGUGUCUGGGUCGGUGGACCGCAAGUCAUCUUUAGGCAACCUGAAGCUCAAGAAGCUCUCUCUGCGUGGCAAGAAGCUUCACCUCUCAUCUCGCCAAGCCCCUUCUCCCAAUUCGCCCUUCCUGAAGGAGCAAGAUGACUUCUGGCCACCGGUGGACCACCGUAAUUUCUCAAUGCGGUCCAACACUCCCCCGUCUCGCAAGUCCUCCGAGGUGAGUGCCUGCGUUGGUGCGCUCCGCAGCAUCUUCCCCGACGGGACCGACUACCUCCUCGACGGCCUGUAUGCCCAUCUUAUCGCCUACAACUACAUGAACUCUCUCUGCGGCGCGAUGCCUCACCUGCUAAGCAGCCCCGGCCACCCCGGUCUGCGUUCCCGGCCAUCUCUGAACUUCCCUCCAGGCGUCACUAGCCGUGCGGACCUGGAGCUACAGGACCGUGACGACCUGGCCAUCCGCGAGCUCCAGGAUGAGGUCGCCACCACCGCGUCGACCGCCGUGGUUCCCAAGAAGGCAGCCUCGCUCCUCGGCCUCGGCGCGACGCACAUGGGCAAGCCUGUCAGGCCACGCCCCGGCACGCUGGGCGGCCGCAAGGACAAGCACCGCAAGACCACCCCGCCUGCCGCGGCCUUCUCCGCCUCUCUUGAGUCCGAGUCCGCCAUGCGUGACCUCCGCGACGCCAUCGCCGGCAACAUCAAGCGACUGGUGGAAACGGUCAAACAGUGCUCGCCCGCCGCUGCUGCCAGGGAUAGCGACGAGGACAGUGAGGAUGCCGCCAUCCUGGGGCAGAACGCCCGGGAGCUGGAUUCGACCCUGCUGCGCGCGCUUUGUGAGGUUGUGCGCUGCUACGAGGAGCUUUCUUAG